UAGAAAUAUAUAUGUUUAAAUAUAGAUAAAUUAGAUGACAUAAAAUUAUAAUUUAUUAAAUAAAUUAAAAUUAUCCUGUGACUGUAACUUUUAUAUUUUGCCGCUAUUCAGAAGAAGUACAUGCGCUGCCGUAAGGACUAGCAAGGUACGAAAAAUAGCUUUAUGUGUUGGACGCCAUUUGCAUUAUAGUAUAUCAGAAAAAUGAGCGAAUUUAACUCUGUUUCUUCGAAUAAUUACGAUGCAAAUUCUGCAUUUGCUGAUGCAGUACAGAGAGCACGACAGAUCGCCGCUAAAAUACAUUCUGGUGUAGAAACAACAGGAACAAAACGUCCAAUUGAAGAAGUUGGAGCUACCCUUGGUCUACCAGAAGCCAAGAAAUUAGCCGUAUCAGAUGAUAAUAAAGGUAUUGCUCAACAGUUAUCUUCUAUUCAAGCACAGAGGUCUAUCGGUGCUAUUGCAAAUGCUAUUACUGUAGAAGAAUGGAAGGUUCCAGAUAAAAUGGUGGGCCUAAUUAUUGGUCGCGGUGGGGAGCAGAUAACCAGGUUACAAGCAGAAUCGGGAUGUAAAGUACAAAUGGCAGCUGAUAGUGGUGGUUUACCUGAGAGAAUUUGUACUUUAACAGGAUCAAGACAAUCAAUAGAAAAGGCUAAAGAAUUAAUAACUGCUAUAAUAAAUCGAGGAGGGCCUCCUUUACCAGUCUUAGAUACAAAUCAUGUUCCUGAUGGUCACACUAUUGUUGAAAUGAUGAUACCUGGACCAAAAGUGGGACUAGUCAUAGGAAAAGGAGGAGAGACUAUUAGGAAUUUGCAGGAAAGAGCUGCUGUCAAAAUGGUUUUAAUUCAAGAUGGACCACAACAGACAUCACAGGAAAAACCUUUAAGAAUAACUGGUGAACCUGACAAAUGUGAAUAUGCUAAGCAAUUAGUCAUGGAUCUGAUCACAGAAAAAGAACUGGAAAGUCUUCAAAGAGGAGGCUUUGAUGGGACUAAUGAAUAUGGAAGUUCUGCUGGUGGUGGCCCAAGAUCUGGCAAUACACAUGAAAUAAUGGUUCCAAAACAAGCAGUAGGUGUAGUUAUUGGAAAAGGAGGUGAUAUGAUUAAAAAAAUUCAACAAGAUUCUGGUGCUCGUGUACAGUUUUUAAACGUAAAAGAUGAAGGCCCUGAAGAUAAAGUCUGUGUUGUUACUGGAUCUCCAGAGCAAAUUCAAGCUGCCAGCACUUUCAUCAACGACCUCAUCCAAAGUGUACUGGUCAGAGAUCAACAGAAUGUGGGACGAGGACGUGGUAGAGGGCGUCCUGAUGGUAGUGGUCCAAAUUUUGGAAAUAAUCCUAGAAAUAGACCAGAUCUUCCAGAAAUUCACUAUGCUGUUCCUGCAAAUAAGUGCGGUCUAGUCAUUGGAAAAGGCGGUGAAACAGUCAAAAACAUAAAUCAAGUUUCUGGGGCUUAUGUGGCACUAUCUGCCUUACCUCCACCUAAUUCCCAAGAAAAGGUUUUUGUCAUUCGUGGUCAACCUCAUCAGAUAGAUCAUGCGAAAGAGCUUAUUAAUGAACGGAUUGGUGGUGUUGGUACAGUUAUUCAGUCACAAAAUCCUCAAAAUCAACAGAAUUUUAAUCCACAAUUUCAACAGCAACAACAAUUUCAGCAGCCACCUACUCAAUCUCAACCUUAUGCUCCUCAAGGAUGGGCAAAUGCUUAUCAACCAUGGCAAGGUCAAAGUGCUCCUACAACUGAUCCUAAUGCUGCUGCUUGGGCUGCUUACUAUCAAUAUUAUGGUCAGCAGGCUCAUCAGAUGCAACAACCAGCUGCCCAGCAAACUUUACAACCAGGUGUUGCUCCGACUCCUGGCAUGCCAACCCAGCCUGACCAAAGCCAAACCAAUCCCCAGCAACCACCAGCAGCUACUCCUGCAGCUGCUGUUCCUGCUGCAGCAGCUCCAGUUGGUGCAGCUGUUACUCAGCAACCAGAUUACAGUGCUGCUUGGGCAGAAUACUAUAGGUCUUUAGGCAUGUUCAGAGAAGCUGAAUUAAUUGAAAACCAAGCUAGAACACAGAUGGCUGGGACUGUUAUGAAUCCUCAAACUGGACAAACUUUCCCACAAGGACAGCCAACAACAACAGCUCCUGCUCCAGCAGCUGCUCCUCAGCCUACUCCGCAACCUGCUGCUCCACCAGCUCAACCUCCUCCAGCUUCUGUUCCUCCUGCUGCUCCUCCAGUACAGCAGCCACCAAGUGGGGCUCAGCAGCCCCCUGCUCCUACAGGGGUUCCUGCACCUCCUGGUCAUCCUCAACCAUUUCCACCAACUGGGCAUCAGGGGCAGUGGCCUACACCUUUUGCCCAACCCUUUGGGCAACAACAACCUAAUGCAUUUGUUGGAUAUAAUUACCCAAAUUAUGGGCAACAGUCAUUUACUGCUGCAGCUCCACAAUAAAAAUAUGAUCAAUUACAAUUGAUGGCAUUGCUUAGGGCCAACUCAAAAUUAAAGCUCCUUCUGGUAUCCUUUGCACAAGGCGUUCCAGAUCUUUCUGGGAGCCUAUUUCUAUCUGUUAAGGUAAGAUGCGGUAAGUAGGGUCGCACGUUUAACAAAUGGAUUGCUCACCAGUAAUUGACUAAUCUCCUUCCCUUAUAGGUAUUUUGUUUUAAAUUAUGUGUAUGAAAUAUGCAAUUUUUUGUUGUGUUCUUUUGCAGAGAACCUUGCUGAUAUAAAUUUCAUUUUUGUCAUCUGAUGCUGUCCUAUGAAUAUGAAGUUUUAUCCAUUAUGUCAUGUUGUGUGCUCAAAAUGAAUAAUGCUUAUGGAAAAAGUAACAGAAUGUCAUAGUGUAUCUUAUUAUUCUUCUGAAAAUAGUGCAAAUUGAAUACUUUGUACAUUUUAUCUAUUUUUCAUGCUUUCUCUUACUUACCAGGGACUAGAUCAGAAAACAGAUAUCAGCAAAAUCAAACAUUCCCAGAUUACCUUUUUAGUUUUAUUUUGUUUAGUUUUUUUAGAUUAAUAGCUACAAGUCUUGGGCUCUUAAUGACUGCUACUACUGACUCCCCAUUCAGUUAAAUGGUAUAAUUUGGAAUGAGUUGAUUUAUUGCCUUUUAUGUAUAUACAAUUCUUGAGCAUUUGUCCAUCAUGAUUGUUUUCAUUUUUAAGUUACCAUCUUGUGUAGUUCAUUCAUGUAUAAUAAAAUCCAUUCCAUGAU